CGAGGGAGUCUGGCCGGGGAUGAGACGGGAACGCGGGGAGCAGGAUCACACACGAAAAAAACAACAAAUUAAACCUCCAAAAGUUACAGAAACCUGUCGAAUUAGCGGUUGACAAGUUAACGUUACCCUGGAAAAGUCGUGGAGUCGAUGAGUGGCCGUAAGAAGCUGUGUAAGACGUCCAAAAUCGCGCUCCCCGUUUCCGUGUAAGAUUUCCAGUGUGAGCGAGCGCACGGAGCCGAAGGGCGCGCGGAUGGUGGUCGUGAUGCUCGCGGCCGAAGAGCCUUUGGCCUCCACUCCACGCAGAGAUAUGGAUUGUGUGGGCAAAGCUAAUACCAACAAGAAGCUUGUUCAAGCACGUCUGCCUUUCAAAAGGCUCAACCCUGAACCCAAGGAAUGCAAUGAGCCCAAAAGAACCAAAGGUCCCGUUGCUCCCAAGUGUUCUGAACCCAGUGAUCAGGAAAAUGAUCAGGACAGCUCCUCCAUCUCGCACCAUGGCCCGGCUCUGGUGAACGGCCGUGGUCCUCUUGAUUGCUUCAUGAGUCGGCGGAAGCGUUCCCCGCUCCGCUCAGCCCCUGAAGCCACUAUCGACCUAACUGAAGACUCAAACGAUUCUGCCAAACAGCAGCCGGCACCUCCUAUCGCUGCCACCUGCCCUCUUAGUGAAGAGAAAACAAAGACCUCUGAAGGUACUACAGAACCGACUAUACCACUGACAGAGGAGGAGACUGAAAAGGAUGAAGCUGAAGAUGUAGAUGCCCUCCCGCUUCUGGACAUCACUCAGGACUCUGACACUGAGGAGGAGGAGGAGGAGGAGGAGGAGGAAGAGGAGCAGCAGCAGGAGGCUGAAGUCAGUCAUGGGAAUGAGUCUGUGCUGUCCACAGGGUCCACCAGCUCCGCCUCUGUGAUCGCGAGCUCACCAGAGCCCAGCAAAAGUGCUCCCACCACCCCUGCUUCUACAUCACGGAUAAAUGCAGCUAAUAAAGUGAAGAGACGAUCCCUUAAGAGUGUUCAAGAGCAGGAGGAGAAGCAGCGACAGAGGGAUGAGAAAGAACGGCUGAAACAGGAGGCCAAAGCUGCCAAGGAGAAGAAGAAAGAGGAGGCCCGCAAGAUGAAGGAGGAGAAGGAGAGGGAGAAAAAAGAGAAAAAGGAGAAAGAUGAAAAGGAGCGGCGGGAAAAAAAGGAGAGGGACGAAAAAGAAAAAGCAGAUAAAUUAAAAGCUAAAGAAGAGCAACGGCAGAUGAAAAUUGAGGCCAAACUAGAAGAGAAAAGGAAGAAAGAAGAGGAAAAACGGUUAAAGGAAGAGAAAGAUCGAAUUAAAGCUGAGAAGGCUGAGAUUACACGGUUUCUGCAAAAGCCCAAGACCCAGUUGGCACCAAAGACUCUGGCUUCUGCCUGCGGGAAGUUUGCUCCGUUUGAGAUCAAAGCACACAUGUCUCUGGCACCGCUAACUCGAGUACAAUGUGAAGACUCUGUGCUAGAGGACCUGGACCGCUAUCUUGCCCAACCCGACAGUACUCUGAAUGGACUGAAGGACUGGACAGGGCACAAACCUCGCAGUUCAGGUCCCACCAGACCCAGGCAUAGUGCACAAGGAGACUGUGUGGUCAUAACUGAGAGCCAGAAGGCAGAUGAUGGACCAGACCGCAGUCGUUACGGCCGCAUGAAGCUCCUGCAUUUCCAUGACAACUAUCGGCCAGCUUAUUGGGGAACCUGGAGCAAAAAAAGCACCCACAUCUCGCCACGCUGCCCGUUGAGGCUGGACAAGGAUCUGCUGGAUUAUGAGGUGGACAGUGAUGAAGAGUGGGAGGAGGAGGAGCCAGGAGAGUCUCUGUCACACAGUGAGGGGGAUGACGAUGACGAAGCAGGAGAGGACGACGAUGAUGAUGAUGGGUUUUUUGUGCCCCAUGGUUAUCUCUCAGAAGGGGAAGGAGCACUUGAAGAUGAGGAGGGUGGAGACCCAGAGAAGCAGAAGGUGCGUCAGAGGAUGAAGGCUCGUGAAUGGGAGAAUGAGCUGAUGUCUAAAGGGAAGGUGAAGGUUUUGGAGGCUGUGGUACGCGGCUGCUUUUGGGAAGGAGAAAAGCCCUUGCCUGACUUCCUGCAACCAUACGCUGUCUGCAUGCUGGAGCCUUUAUCUAAAGAUGAGGCCUCCACCCCUGAACAAGACGCCUCACGCCAGCAGAGGAACGAGAAACUGCUUACAAUGCUGCUGCCAUUGCUGCAUGGGAAUGUGAAUAGCAAUAAGGUGAUAAUCACCGAGUUCCUCGAGUUUUGUCGCCAACAAACCUCCUCGCCCACAGAAAGCCUUCUCAAUACGACAGAGAGCAUUCCACCCAGGAUCCAUGUCAGGCGUAUCAUCAAGGAGAACGCCGUGUAUGAAAAGCGCUCCACAUUUAAACGCUGCUGCUGGUACGUGCAUGCAGAUGUUCUGGCCCGUUACUCUCAGGAGGCUUUACCCGUUCCCUGCCAGUGGAGCUACCUCACCUCUGGGGCAAAUGUCACCCGCGAUGAGCAUAGCGGCUCACAGGGCAAUUCGCCCACCACAAACUCUUCUACCACACCCUCCAACAAGAGGAAAAGCGCCAGCAGCCACUCCAUCACCAAGUAUAUGAAGAAAUGUGGUGAAUCUGAACAGACUGAGGCCAUGGAGACAGAUGGCUUCCAGGCAGAUACAGAGGAUGAUGAAGACGAUGAUUGUAUCAUCAUUGGAGAGCAAUCUGGAUCCUCUGAACAGGACAUCAACACAUCCUUGCCACAAACAGAUCGAGAAACAGAGCCCAUGGACACGAGUGCAUCUGAAACUGCUGCUCUCGCCUUGCCCUGUCCCACCCCUGCCACCGCCUGACCUCUUCCAAUUGGGUUUGCAUGCACAUGAACCAGACGCUCAAAAUCCGAUCACCCGAUUCAAAGGAUCUCACAGUAUUAAAGGUCCCCUGAAUGAAUCAAUGUUCCCUCUUCUUUAAGUGGAGGUCCGUUAGUUGGUGUACCACUCUUCUUCAUAGGAGAGCUCCCACUUUUUCAGAGUAUGUAAAGGCUCUGCUGAUUCUCUGACACCAAUCAGGACGUUGAUGCUGAGUGCUCGGCCCCAUUGUUUUAAAUUUAGAUAUUUUGUUUUUGUUUCUCCUCUCAGAAUACUUGAACUGGUGUAUGUCUUUCAAAAAUAACGACAAUUGAAAUAUAUUGCACUUUUAUAUUCCA